ACGACUUCCUCUAUUUCUUCCCUCUAAAAGUCGCUAAUGAAAGUUCACUUGGAUUUUAGUUUCCUCCUUUUUCAAGGGUUUUCUUUCCGCCUUCCCAGUAUAGUCAACACCAGAGUGUUGAUUCUCAUUCUAUACAUAUUCAACAACUUGGGAGUUUUAAAAGUUUAAGUUGUAUGCAUUAUACAAACUAGUAAAGUAUGUAAUUGCAAAUGGUAAAGCCGAAUACGAGUAAUGUAGUAAAGGGGAAAAUUGGAAGGUACCCAACUGUUGCUUGCAGAAACGAUUUAUUUUGCUUUCGUUCUUCUCCUUAAGAUUUUAAAUGGUAACCCUUUUUAUGACUCUUUGAAUGAGGGAAAAAUGUUGAGUGAUUAGAUUUUAGAAGCGGGCCUGUAAACAUUCAAGAAGACUUGACAAGGUCAAAGUCUACGAAAAUGAUUAAUCAAUUGUUAUAUUAUACUAUUUCUGAUGACAAGAAACAGAACACCAAACUACCACUUGGGUUGAUUUGCUUGUUCUUUAUGUGCUACCAGCCCAAUAUUUGUUGUUUUUGCCUAUGUCAUUUCAAGCAUCUGGCAGAAGCUUGGGGUUCCGUUCUCUGCUGUAUUAUUGUUAUAUUGCUUUAAACUCAAGAGGAUUUAACGUUGAAAAAUGUCAGCUUAUCGAUUCCUAGAUGAAGGUCCUUCUUAUGAGGUCCAAUUCUCAGAAGAUGAGAAUGAGGAUGUGGUUCGUGCUAUUGAACUCUCUCUUCAAGAAUCGCAGACAAAGGAAAUAAACAUGGGUGACAUUGAGUUUCCCCAGAUUGAUGAAGUAGAAGAACUUGCACAAGAGUUGGAAGAAAGCACAUUAUCUUCUAUAUAUUUAAGCGCCAGUACUGGAGGCAUAGAACUGGAAUGGUGGAAACUUUUUAAGGAGUUUAAUCCAUCUGUCCCUACAUCAAAGGGCACUUCUUGGUGGAGAAAGAGUAGCAAGCAGCGCAAUACUCUUGUUUGUGAUGUUUGUGAGGAGCAAAUUUGCUCGGCGUGGUUAAGGUGUACCUACUGGGGCCAGACUUUCUGUCAAAAACAUACAUCUGAUGGAACCCCUUACUGCUGUGCCUGUUCGAGAUUUAAGAUAGGAGAUAUGAAGUUUAUCACUCUGAGUGAUGGUCGAAAACUUUGCCCUGAUUGUCGUCAUACAGCAGUGAUGGAUCCUGAAGACUGUAUGCCCCUUCUCGAUGAAGUGCACAGAUUUUUCAAAGGAUUGAACAUGAAAAUCAAAUAUUAUAUUCCAAUUCUGUUAGUAGAUAACGACGAGCUUAUCAGAAUCCAUAAAAAGAGCAUACUUGGCUCGACGCUUUAUGAGAAUUUUCAAUUGGACGCCGUAAAUUAUGUGACAAGGUCAACACAAAGGGGUGAAAAUAUUAAAGUGGUGAAAGAAGUAGAACAACUGCCUCCAGGACGCAAAGUGAAAGCAGUGCUGAUUUUAUAUGGCUUUCCAAACAGGAUAGCCUUGGGAGCAACUUUGGCUCAUGAACUGAUGCACGCUUGGAUGCGGGUUCAAGGUUAUCCAGGACUGUCCCUACCCAUCGAAGAAGGUCUUUCCCAAGUUAUGGCUCACAAGUGGCUAGAAUGGCAAUCUUUUGCUGGUGAUGACAACAUGAAAGGUACAAGCGAUAAAGCUCAGUUCUUGAGAAAUCUGAAAGAGUUUCUGAAAUAUGGUAUAGAAAAAAGACAUUCUGAGGCAUAUGGUCAUGGAUUUAGAGAAGCGAAAUGGGCAGUUGAACGUUAUGGUUUAAGAUACACACUGGAGCAUAUAGCUCGUACACGAAAGUUACCUGAAUAACUUACUUCUUAAUUAGGUGAUGUUGUUAAUCUUUGUGUUAAUUUAUUCAUCAAUAUAUUUUUUGUCGAACCUAUAAAAAAAAUUAUGUACCUUUUUAACUCCAAAUUGAGGUCAUGCAAUGCAAUGAUGUUUAAGUUUUCA